AACUGACCUCCAGCAUGGUGCGAUGACCUGAAAGCGAUGCUGCUGCAGCAGGCGUCGUCGUCGCCUGGUCCCAGCGGCACGGCCAGUCCCAAACUCCCUCCCAGCUCGCGUCCCAACCCCAGUCCCAGCUUCAGUUCCCGCCUGACUGGCAGCCCCAGCCUCAGCGAUGGCGCCGGCUCCAGCCCCAGAUUGGGCGCCAACAGCCCCAUGUUGGGCGCCAACAGCCCCAAGUUGGGCGCCAGCCCGAAAUUUGGAAGUCCGCGGCUGGGGUCGGGUAGCCCACGGACUGGGCGCACGGCGGUGGAAGACGAGGCUGCAUUGGAGAGGCUGCAGGCCGAGCUGAAGGAAGGCUGGACGGUACACACGGGGAGAGAUGGCAGACUGUAUUAUUGCAAGUAA